GAUUGGGAGAAGCCUGCAAAGACAGAGGAAGUGAAGCGGAGAGGGAGGAGGCCGGCGGCUGCUGUGCACUCUAGUUGGAGAGAAAAGGCAGAGAGAGGAGGAGUGAGAGAGGAAAGAAGGGGAGUAUCCAGCCUCCUCUGACCCACUGUGCUACUGCAGCCCCCCGCCCUCUCUCUAGGAUUCUCUUUCUUUCUCUUUUUUUCCCUUACUCAUCUGUUUCUCUGGCUGCUCUGAGAGGAAGGACACCUGCCGCUCCCAGAUGAUUCAGCCUUUCAGCAGCUUGGAGGACUUUAUAGAAGACAGCAUGUCCGUCCUGCCACUGCAGUGCCUGGCCAGCCUGUCCUUGAUGAUACAGUUUCUGCAGCCGGCCCAUCACAUCGACACCGCCCCUUCUCCUUCCCCUGACAAAGUCUUCAGAUUUAUGGACUUCUGUACAACUCCGUGAUUCUAUAUGUUGUUCAACCCUUGAGUAAAAAGCUGCUUUUCCUUGGAUGCAGGUCGGCCACCUGCCUCGUGGAAAGCUGUCAGGCUUUCAGACUCUGAAGGGCAUUUCGCUCUGCCGUCCUCUGAAAUCUGUCCUCUGAUGUUGGAGAACCGAUCCCUGACUCCAGAGGCAGACCACGGUCGUGUGAUGCCCUGUUUUAUUGGUAGAAGCAUUCAGGGACACCUCAUCCAACAGUUCAUCAGGGAUGACUGAGGGAAUGGAGGACUACUCUCCUGAAACAGCCUCCCCCACUGGCCCUCCUCCUGAUACAGGACCAGUCCCAGAGGAGAAACCAGAGGAGACGGAGGCAGCUGGCGAGAGUGCGGAUGAGGGUGUAAAGGGAAUUACAGAGGAAGGCCGUGACGACGGGGAGCAGGAGGGCGCUUUGGAGAUGGUGGCUCUGCCUGCGACCUGCUGCGUGUGCAUAGAGAUGGAGCAGAUCAACCGGUGCCUGCACUCCGAGAAGAUCUGCAUCCUGCCCAUCUUGGCCUGUCUGCUCAGCCUAGCUCUUUGCACAGCUGGACUCAAAUGGGUCUUUGUGGAUAAGAUCUUUGAGUACGAACCGCUAACUCAAUUAGACCCUAAACCCAUCGGACAGGACCCCAUCACUAUAUUGGUAAACCCCGCGCUAGGAAUCACUGUCUCAAUUCCUCACUCCGCUCCCUCCACUGUCUCCCUGACAACCACCAUUGCCAUCACACCAGGAUAUCCGGAGGUCUACGAGAAAGACAGAUCUACAGCAAGGCCAUUUGUGCCUCAGUCUCCUAAAGUGACAUAUCCUACUGUGAGCCUGAAAUACGAAGGACAUUCUACGGUUCCAAAGCCGAGCUCCAACCCACAAACCACACAGGACUUCAACAAACUCAUACACACUAUCUCUACCACCAGCACCUCCACUACAGCUAAGAGCUCCAGCCACAUAAUGCGCUGCAGUAACAGCCAGAAGACCUACUGCGUUAACGGAGGGGAAUGCUUCACGCUGGAAAUCAUGCCUGGCAGCACAAAGUUUCUAUGCAGGUGCUUGGCCGGAUUCACUGGGCACCGAUGUGAACAGGCUGUGCUUAAGAAAGUCUCAGACCCAAAACAAACCGAGGAGCUGUAUCAAAAGCGCAUUUUAACAAUAACAGGGAUCUGCAUAGCUCUGCUAAUUGUUGGAAUCAUGUGUGUGGUGGCCUACUGCAAAACUAACAAGCAAAGGAAGAAAUUACGAGACCGCCUGAGGCAAAGCCAAAAGAAAAAGAGAAAGAACAAUCCAAAUACUGCGAACGGCUCCGGUACAGAAAGCUCUGCUACAGGACGUCAGAACGUGCCUCUUCAAGAUUUGAAAAUUGUCAAUCCAUGUAAUGGUUCUGCAAGGCAGCAUGCAACUGAGGAGACAGAAACGACCUUUCCUUCCAGCAAAUAUGCAACUGCUAAUCAGCCCACCACACUCACCAACAUCUCCAGCCAAAGCUGGAGUGAGGACUGGAGCAACAAUGUUCUGUCUGACACUGAGUCUCACUCUGUGAUGUCCUUGGCGGAGAAUAGCCAACGGGCCACACAGGGCGCCCGGGGUCGUCUGAAUGCCACAAGUGGCACCACUGACUUAAGUUCUAACUCAGCAAAGUGCAGAGACAGCCAGCUGCAACAAGAGUUGCCUUAAACUCCCAGGUAACUGGUCAAAAGAUCUUAAACUCUUUAACUGAUCUAUGAGGAAG